GGGUUACACUGGGCUGUGUGGGGCGCUUUAACACAUAUUGAUUCGGAAGCCGGCGUUCCUCUUCAAACUGAAUUAAAUAAAACAUAUUUUAAAAGAUUAUGGAGGACGCUGGGAGUUGUAGUGCAGUAGCCGCUAUAAUACUGUGCACUGAGCUGUAACCAGACGGACAAAAGCUCCUGCCCCGCCCCCACACGCUAACAAGCCGCCAUCUUGGUACAGCCAGCCAGGUCUGUCAUUGAGCAAGCGGCAAGAUCCGCCAUCUUGGUACACCCAGCCAGGUCUGUCAUUGAGCAAGCGGCAAGAUCCGCCAUCUUGGUACACCAACUUCAUUCCUAGAUCACGCAGCCAUCUUUCCCCACCCCGGCGGCGGCACUGUGACGCAAUUCCCAGGCGACAGACAGAGCCAGAUCUCUCGGUAUUUGAGGAUCCCUGAAUCAUGGCUGCCAUGAAACUCUUACAGGCUGCGGCUGCCGCUCCGCUCAGCGCGGCUCCUCCCGGAGAUAUGGACUGGAUGGGGCGGGAAGUCAGCACCGGGACGACCAUCAUGGCGGUAGAGUUCGAUGGGGGAGUUGUGAUUGGCGCUGACUCCAGGACUACAACUGGGGCCUACAUCGCUAACCGAGUGACUGACAAACUGACUCCUGUGCAUGAUCGGAUCUUCUGCUGCCGCUCCGGUUCCGCCGCCGACACCCAGGCCAUCGCUGAUGCCGUAACCUACCAACUGGGCUUCCACAGUAUCGAGCUGGACGGGCUCCCCCUGGUCCAUACGGCCGCCAACCUGUUCAAGGAGAUGUGUUACCGGUACCGGGAGGAUCUGAUGGCCGGGAUCAUAGUGGCCGGCUGGGACAAGAGGAAGGGCGGGCAGGUCUACACGGUGCCCAUGGGAGGGAUGAUGGUCCACCAGCCGUUCUCCAUCGGGGGCUCCGGCAGCUCCUACAUUUACGGCUUCGUAGAUUCCACGUACCGCUCAGGCAUGACAAAGGAGGAGUGUCUGAAAUUCACAGCCAAUGCACUCGCCCUUGCCAUGGAGAGAGACGGCUCCAGCGGGGGGGUGAUCCGACUCGCCGCCAUCACUGAGGGAGGAGUGGAGCGUCAGGUCAUCCUGGGCAACGAGCUGCCCCGCUUCCCCUCGUCCUGAAGGUUCCCAGUUCUUGUCUUUUGCCCCCUCUGCUCUUUUGUUAUUCAGUCAUGUGUUAAUGAAUAAAGGCUGGUACCGACCCGCUGA